AUGAAAAACAAAUACUCUAGGAAAGUUAAAGACAACUACAGCUCAGGGAUGACAGAGAAGCUCAAUCAGAUGCAAGAUCAAUGCGAAGCCAUCAAGGCUGAAAAGGAAGACACGCAUACCAAUCAGGUUUUCAUAUUUGAAGAUCGCAUGUCUUAUCUGGAAAAUAGGGAUGUCCAGCGACAGAGGGAGCUGGAGAAUAGAUUGCCUCUAGGCUGGACCAUAGUGGAAGAAACCUGCUUUGGGAGUUACCAUAUCCCACGUUGCAUCAACGUAUUGAAGACACAAAUAUUGCCGAACGGACGUCCUACUUGUAUGGAACCUUGUCAGAGUGUUCUCCGUUUGAAUGAUGAUCCGGUUUUCCUGAAAACGCCUCUUGAUGAGAAGCGAGCCAGAAAUUUGCAAAGGAGUCUUCUGAAUGAUUCUGUCAAGGCCUCGCACUUCAUAGAGUUCAUGCAAAAGAUACUCAAGAACGGUCAUACAGGGAGGGCUCCUCCGUUACAACCAGAGGAAGAAUGUUGGUUUCUGCCGAUCUUUGCGGUUUACCAUCCCCAGAAGCCAGGUCAGGCACGUGUGGUAUUUGACUCCUCAGCUAAAUUUAAUGGCCUUUCGUUAAAUGACGUUCUAUUGACUGGACCGGAUCUGGUUAACAGUCUACUUGGGGUCUUGAUGCGAUUCAGAAGAGAACCCGUAGCCAUACUCGCAGACAUCCAGAAAAUGUUCUUUUGUUUCCGUGUUGAGCCGCAACAUCGAAAUUUUCUUCGUUUUCUGUGGCACGAGGACUGUGAUUUGAACAAGCCACUGGUACAAUUUCGAAUGCGUGUACAUGUGUUCGGGAACCGGCCUUCGCCUGCCGUUGCCACUUAUGGCUUACGACUUUGCAUUCAAGGCGCGGAUCCGAAAGUAGUUGAGUACAUCGACAAGGAUUUUUACGUGGAUGACGGACUUGCAUCGCUUCCCACACCCAGUAGUGCUAUUACUCUUGUCAAGGAUGCACAGACAGCUCUACUGCAAGGAGGUAAUAUUCGCUUGCACAAAAUUGCGUCUAACGACCAUGAGGUCAUGGCUGCGUUCCCCAAUGAUUAUCUUGCUAAAGACAUUAAGGACCUUGACUUGCGGAAGGAUUCUCUUCCAGUUCAGGCGAGUUUGGGUGUGAAAUGGGAUCUAGGCUUCAUGGCUCCCGUUGUGAUCAAAGGGAAACUCCUCCUCAGAGACUUGAUUCAUGGAACUGUUGACUGGGAUGAACCACUUCCGGAAGAGUUAUUUUCAGAGUGGCAUCGUUGGAGAAGUUCAUUGCUCGAUCUUUAUGAUGUGCGAAUUCAUCGACCAUACUUACCUGUGUCAUAUUCUGGUUGCAGUCGGAAAGAAGUUUAUAUUUACUGCGAUGCCUUCGAGAAGGCAAUAGUCGCUGUUGCCUAUCUUAGUGAUCUUACAGACCCAACACAUAUGGGGUUCAUCCUCGGAAAGGCAAAUGUUGCGCCUUUAAAAGGACAUACCGUUCCACGGCUUGAACUUUGUUCUUCGGUUCUUGCAGUUGAAAUUGCUGAAACAAUCACUGAGCACUUAAAUAUAUCUCUGCAAGACUUCCGUUUUCAUACAGACAGCAAAAUUGUGCUUGGGUACAUAUUCAAUACAUCACGGUGUUUUCACACCUACGUUGCAAAUCGUGUCGCUAGAAUUCAUUCAGCUACGUCUCCACACCAAUGGAGGUUCAUACCCACAAACAAGAAUCCUGCGGACGAUGGUACACGAUCAAUUGAUGCUCAUGAGAUGCAGGAUAGCGCAUGGUUAAGGGGGCCAUCACCAUCUGUUGAAACUGACAAGGAACCAGUUUCCUUUGAUUUGCUGGAUCCAGAUUCCGACAAGGAAAUUCGAACUAGUCUGAUGACAAGUGUUGCGCCAAUUCAUGGACUCGGUACAUCCCGAUUCAAACGUUUUUCACGUUGGAAAUCUAUUGUGAAUGCGAUAGCUCGAUUGAAGCUUUUUGUGCGUCUAUGGAGAAACCGUCGAAGUCAUAGAAAUCUACAUCCAUGUGAGACUCUGUGUCUCGUAGAUAUCCGCCGUGAGGCACAUGAUCAUGUGCUCAAAGAAUUUCAGAGGGAAGUAUUCCCAGAAGAAACAAGUUGCCUCCACGCUGGCAAGGGCGUUGCAAAAACAAGUCAGAUAUCAUCUUUGGAUCCAUAUUUGGACAACGAUGGAUUCAUCAGGGUUGGUGGACGUCUAGGGAAAUCACUCCUGUCGUUUGAGUCAAAGCAUCCGAUACUUCUCCCUGGUCGGAAUCAUCUAGCUGAGCUGUUGGUUAGACACUACCACAGUGAGAUCUUACAUCAAGGCAGACUCUUUACCGAAGGUGCCAUUCGUUCCGCUGGCCUGUGGAUAACUCGAUGUAAGCGAUUGGUAUCAUCCGUGAUAUCAGCUUGUGUACCUUGUCGCAAAAUGAGGGGACGCCUUGCAUCACAAAAGAUGGCUGACUUGCCGGCAGAUCGCUUAGAACCAGUACCGCCAUUUUCGAAUGUUGGGGUAGAUGCACUUGGACCUUACCAUGUAGUGACAAGAAAGACUCGCGGGGGCAGUGCAAAUUCUAAACGUUGGGGAGUUUUAUUCAUAUGUUUGGUGACCAGAGCUAUACAUAUUGAGCUAGUCGACUCUAUGAGUUCAGCUGCGUUUAUUAACGCGCUACGACGUUUUAUUGCUGUGCGUGGUGCAGUAAAGAUUUUUCGGUCUGACAGAGGCACCAAUUUCAUCGGGCCCUUAGAUGAUCCAGAAAUUGACCGUGUAAAUGUUGAGGAUGACUCUGUGCGGAUAUUUCUAUUAUCAUCUGAUGCUAAGUGGAUAUUCAACCCACCACAUUCUGCACAUUAUGGUGGAGCAUGGGAACGCUUGAUCGGGGUGGUGAAGAGGAUUCUUAACUCAAUGCUAUCUAACCAGCAUAAUUUUACUCAUGAUAUAUUGAACACUCUUAUAGCUGAAGUAUCAGCCAUUGUUAAUGCCUGA